AUGGCGCCGUUCCAAGCGCCUUACCUCUACGAUUCCGACAGACGCGAUUCCCAAUUGCCUGAGAAGCCCUUCGACCCCAAGGCCGUGACGAGAGCGAGCUGGGAGCCGCAGCCCAAGAAGCCCAAGCGCAAUGGACCGCUGGUGUCGUUCAAUCGCCAUCCCGAUGCGCAUGUGGUGCCAACUGGCCGAUCAUACAACUUCCGCCCCAUGAGUGACACCACGAAGUGGUGGAUCAAAUGGACGAGAUACUUCCAGCUGGUGCUCCGCGCACUUCAGCUAGUCGGGGCUGCCGGACUGCUCACCCUUAUGAUCCUCAUCUCCAAUGCAGAUCCCAUCACGUCCUGGGUCAUGCGAAUCACGCCUGGUGUUGUGAUUCUUCACUGCGCCUAUGCCAUCAUACACUUUGCAAGACCGGCUCGAGCAAGAGCACCCGCCUCUUCAGCGGCGUAUCAGCUGUUCGCUGGUUUCACUGACUUAGCUGUCCUGCCAUUGUAUGCCUUCGGAGCCAUCUCAGUCGUGAACCACGGCACCGAUUGGUCUACGAUCCUGUCUGACAAGGAACUGGCGGGGAUCUUGGUCCAGGCCGAGUAUUACGCACUAUUCGCCGCCGGCGCCUUGCACGUCAUAUCGUUUUGCAUAUCUUUUUGGCUUGGUCUCAUGUUCCGACGCAUCGCCAACAUGCCGCCUGACAUGAACCCCCUCGAGAGCAACUUGACGUCGCGCGUCAAGCACAAGCGGAACAAGUCGUCCGUCGCGAGCGGCUACACCACCAUGUCGGAAAACACAAAGCGCCUGUCGACACCGAUGGAGAGCCACCGUCGCUCAGGAGCACCUUACGAGGGGGAUUUGUCCCGACCGCCGAGUGUUCCCUUCCACGCGCGGCACAACUCUAGGGACUCUUUCGCCUCCUCGAAACGCGAUUCUCGCUCGGACCUUCCUAGUCGUCAAUACCAGAUCUCACCCGCCAACUCCCCUCGCAACAGCGCCGCCGGAUCCCACGCCGACCUGAAGCGCAUGUCCAACCCGCGCCUAGCGCAGCGCGGCAGCUACGUCGAGGUCCCUCUCCACGAGACCGGCGCCCCCUCACCUCGACCCAGCAGCAUCGUAGGCAGCAUCGUAGGCAGCAUCGCGGGGGGUGACGGUGACCCCAUCAGCGCCUCGCCAACGCGCAUCGCAAAGUUCACCGAAGCGUGGUACGCCUCCGAAUCACUCAUCAACCGCACGCAGCAGCGCCAGCGCGCCAUGAGCGUCGUCGAGAAGGAGGCCAACAAGCCCUACGAGCCGCUGAACCAGCGCUACGACGAGGAGUCAUCAGACUACUCGGACGAGGAGAACAACGCCAUGCGGCCCGACGCAGGCGACUACGUCUCGGAUCUGGAGGACGACGAGAACAUGCACCCGAACCCGCUCCGGUCGAAUCCGCUGCCGCCCACGCCGCCGCGGCACAAGCAGGGCGCCAACGCCCCGCCGCGGCAGAAGACGCCGUUCCGGCCGCGCGGCCACGACGACGACAACAUGGGCGCCCUCUCGGAAAUAAACCUGAACUCGCGCACCGUAAGUGGCAGCGGCAGCCAGGAUAUCGCGGACGCGAAGCCCGCAGCUCCCCCGGCGCGCAUGCCCAGCAUCCUGAACGGCUGGGGCCGGAACAAGGGACUGGGAAAUAGGAAUUCCUCGAUCCAGCCCGAGACGGCGUUCUACUCGAAGCCGUACGGCGCGCUGAAGCCUGCCACUCCACCGAUCAUCAUUGGUGGUGGCCAGCAACAACGACCACGACAGGUCUCGUCGGGCAACGACUACGACCUUGGUGGCGCGUACGGACAGCAGAACUUUGCGAGGCGGAAUGUUAGUGGGAAGGAGGCGGAGGAGGGAUUUGCUGGCGCUGACAACGUGCGGUACUCGCGGUAUAGCGUUUUGAACGAGUGA